AUGUGGGCCUCCCGGGCAUCUUUAAGCCGGAACGAACGGCACCGGGGCGGGCGCCCGUACGGAUGUCGCGGGGGGUCACGGGCGCGCCCAUUGCUGGACGCUCCGGACACCGUUGACAACCUGGACGACCCGACCGGGGGACGCGCGCGCCGGCCGCUCGAGAGGAGAAACCACGGCUGGGAUGGGCGACUGCCCCCGGAAGAAGUGGCCGACGCGGGCUCGCACGCCACCAGAGGUGACGCGGCUCUCGCCUUCCACAUAGAACCACCGGCCUCGACCGGGCCGCAAUCGUGCGUGCAAACGUUCCCGGGUCCGGACCUGGCUGGCGGGGGGCCCAUUUUGUAUAGGGUGGUCCGUGCGUCGACCCGCGCGCCCAUACAAAGUGGGCCUCUCAGAUUCGCCCGUUGCUUGGGCCGCAAGGGGACUUCGUCACUCUGGCCGUCUCGCGCGCGCGGCUGCCUGGUCCCUAUUACGGCGCGCGCGCGACUCCCUGCCUCCCUGCCCAACGGCGCCCGCCAACCGGUCACCCGCCGCGCGCGUGCGCGGCCCACUGCCCUCCCUAGGGCCAGCAGGCAGGGGGGCGCGCGCGCGGCGGUGACCAGUUGGCCGGGGCCCUCGAGCAGAGAGGCAGGGAGGCGCGCGCGCCAUUACAGGGACCAGUGGGCCGCGCGCGCCGUUAUAGUGACCAGCCGGUCACUUGAUAUGUCGGCAUGGCCCACCAGUGGCACACACGCGCACAUAUAUAUACAGACACAGACACAUGGGUAUCGACAUAUGCCGGCAGGCCAGCCCCGUACCCUAGGGAGGGCAGUGGGCCGCGCACGCGCGCGGCGGGUGACCGGUUGGCGGGCGCCGUUGGGCAGGGAGGCAGGGAGUCGCGCGCGCGCCGUAAUAGGGACCAGGCAGCCGCGCGCGCGAGACGGCCAGAGUGACGAAGUCCCCUUGCGGCCCAAGCAACGGGCGAAUCUGAGAGGCCCACUUUGUAUGGGCGCGCGGGUCGACGCACGGACCACCCUAUACAAAAUGGGCCCCCCGCCAGCCAGGUCCGGACCCGGGAACGUUUGCACGCACGAUUGCGGCCCGGUCGAGGCCGGUGGUUCUAUGUGGAAGGCGAGAGCCGCGUCACCUCUGGUGGCGUGCGAGCCCGCGUCGGCCACUUCUUCCCUGCCAGGCAGGCCGCCUCUCUCCGUGGUUUCUCCUCUCGAGCGGCCGGCGCGCGCGUCCCCCGGUCGGGUCGUCCAGGUUGUCAACGGUGUCCGGAGCGUCCAGCAAUGGGCGCGCCCGUGA